CUCUUUGUUAUUCUGUGCGCAACUUCGAGACGGAGAAGAGACUGUUUGUUUGGGGCUGAAGGAAAAAGCACCGUAAUUACUACUUUUUGUGCUAGUUUUAUCGGAAAAGUUAGUGCCCUUACUGUAACGAACCGGUGAAAAGCUAAAGGGUUCAAAAUGGGAGCCGUUUUGGGACUCAUUCCAAUGACCAGUCUGGCAUGCUGCUGCACGGGAACGGCCUGUUCGCUGUGCUGCUCGCUAUGCCCGUCCUCGCUGCAGUCAAACUCGGCCGCCACCCGGUUCAUGUACGCACUGAUGCUAGUGCUCGGUGCCAUCGUGGGGGCUAUUAUGUUAGCGCCCGGGUUGCAAGAUUUUCUGCAGAAGGUACCAUUCUGUGCGAACUCCACGUCGAGCGUAUCGAACAUUCUACCCGGUGGGGAAACGAUUGACUGUAGCUCGGCCGUGGGCUAUCUGGCCGUGUAUCGUAUCUGCUUUGCGCUCGUUUGCUUCUUCGCGUUGUGGGCAGUCAUGAUGAUUGGGGUCCGUUCGUCCAAGGAUAAACGUGCUGCGCUGCAGAACGGCUUCUGGGGCAUCAAGUUCCUGAUCGUGAUCGGUAUUGCGAUCGGAGCGUUCUUCAUACCGGAGGCCGGGUUCGCUUCGACCUGGAUGUGGAUCGGUAUGAUCGGAGGGUUCGCCUUCAUUUUGGUGCAGCUGGUGUACAUCAUUGACUUUGCGCAUAACUGGGCCGUGCUUUGGAAGGACAAUUACAAUCAAACCGAAUCGCGCGGAUGGCUUGCGGCUCUUUGCUGCGCCACCGGGAUACAGUACGUGCUAGCGCUGACCGGUGUUGUGCUGCUGUUCGUGUACUACACCCAGUCGCACGAUUGUGCGUUGAACAAAUUCUUCAUCAGCUUCAAUCUGAUUCUGUGCAUCGCUGUGAGCAUUCUAUCGAUCACGGAGAGCGUGCAGGAAGCUCAGCAGUACUCGGGACUGUUGCAGAGCUCCGUGGUGACGCUUUACACGAUCUACCUGACCUGGUCGGCCAUCGCUAACAAUCCGGACGCCGAAUGUAACCCCGGCUUUCUGGGCAUCAUCGGGGAAAAAUCGAGCAAGGUGCACUUCGACAAAACGAGCAUCGUCGGGCUGGUCAUCUGGUUGCUGUGCAUCCUGUACUCUUCACUGCGCUCGGCCAGCAACGUUUCGAAGUCCGAUAUAGAAGAGCAAGGUCUUACAGCUGAAGAUGGAUCGGUACGCGACAACGAAUCGACUGCCGUCGCCUACAAUUGGUCGCUGUUCCACGUUGUUUUCAUAACGGCCACCCUGUACGUGAUGAUGACGCUUACCAACUGGUAUCAACCCAAUUCUUCCCUCGACACUAUGAACGCGAAUGCUGCUUCCAUGUGGGUGAAGAUGGUCUCCAGCUGGAUGUGCGUUACACUGUACGGAUGGACGUUGGUCGCACCCUUGGUACUUACCGACCGUGACUUCGAAUUCAACUAAGCUAAUCGCGAAUCACUGUACGCUAGUUCCAACAUUAUUACAAAACUCAAUCUACCCUUCCUUUUUUUUUAGUAGAACGUAAGAAUCUUUAUGUUUUUGCAUGCAUUAAAUGUGAUAUGAAUAACCUUUAGGCGAGGAAUGGACUCGGGAAUAGGACGACGAGAUAGGGUAUCUUCUUGAUGCGAAAAAAAAGGAAUUAGAAGUAACGAACAAAACAAUCCAUCGCUAGAUCAACUUUCAACUAACAUUAAUUCUAUAUUUCUGUGUUUUCCGCAACAUUUGGUUCAUACAUUUUCCAUUGCGUUCAUGGCGCCACGCAGCCCCGACCAGUCUGUGUCCGUUUAGGUGCGUACGAAAGCGUGUGUGUGUGUGUGUGUGGAAGUGUAUCAUACAUUUAUCGAACGCGCUGUACGAAGCUAUACGUGUGGCGUAGACUUUUAACCCAUCAAUAAAACAAAAACUCUAGUGAAACUCGUUGGAAACCGACAAAAA